AUUCUAUGCACAUAUACUGUGCAAGUAUAUCAUAUGAUAGGGACUGAACACUGAUUCUUUUAACUUUUUUCUCUAACAAAAAUUUUAGUGAUAGUGAAUUAUCCUUAAUCUUUGCUACACUCAUCAUUGUUACUUGAAUCCCAAUAAUUGUGAAUCCAUACACUGUUUCAGAGACCUGUGAAUUACUUUGGAAUGUGAAGUUUUUUGGUAACCCAUUUGGAUAUAUUAUAUAUAUAUAUAUAUAUAUAUAUAUAUAUAUAUACACACACACAUACAUACAUUAGGCCAAGAAUUCCCAGUUCUGCUGUGAGACUUUCAAUGGCAGAAAGAGCAUUCAUUGUUCUUCUCAUUGUUUUCAUGGUUCUCUCUCUGGUUCAUCACUCAGCCCAAUUGCAGCCAUCUCAGUAUGAAGCCCUUUUGAGAAUCAAGCAGCAGCUGAAUUUCCCAGCAGAAUUAGAUAGCUGGAGUGAUAACACUGAUUUCUGCAACAGUGAGCCUAAUCCAUCUCUAACUCUGGUUUGCUAUGAAGACAAUCUAACUCAGUUGCAUGUUGCUGGAGAUACUUCAUUUUCAUUCCCACAGUUAUCUGAGGAUUUCUCCACUGUUGCCCUGUUUUCCAACUUGCUAAGUUUGCCAAACCUGAAAGUUCUUUCCUUGGUUUCUCUGGGCUUGAAGGGAAAUCUGCCAGCACUUAUUGGAAAGUUAACUUCUCUGGAAAUAGUGAAUGUGAGCUCCAAUUACUUUGAUGGGCCCAUUCCCAGAGAGAUUUCUUAUUUGAAGAACCUCCAAACUCUUGUAAUGGAUGACAAUAGGUUCACCGGUCAGGUUCCUAGUUGGCUGGGUUCUUCACUGCCAGCUUUAUGUGUUUUGAGUAUGAAGAACAAUUCACUCAGUGGUUCAUUACCAACAACUUUAUCACUUUCUGCAAACCUCAGAAUUCUGGUGCUUUCUGGUAAUCUUUUGUCUGGGGUUGUUCCUCACCUUAACAACUUGUCAAACCUUCAAGUUGUUGAUUUAGAGGGCAACAAAUUAGGACCUAAUUUCCCAAGGCUACCCACUAGAUUGGUUAAUUUGGUGCUCAGGAAGAACAAUUUUAAGUUUGUUAAGUUGCAUGAAUUGGGCUCCUUUUUCCAACUUCAGAAGCUGGACAUUUCCAUGAAUCAGUUUAUGGUUCCCUUUUCACAAUCACUGUUUUCACUCCCUUCUCUGACUUAUUUGGAUGUUUCUGGCAACAAAUUCACUGGAAAGCUGUUCAAGGACACACCUUGUAGUCCGGGUCUCAGCUAUGUUAAUUUGUCCGAAAACCGUCUGACAGGGGAUUUGCCACAUUGUUUGCAAUAUGUUAAGAACAAUAGGACCGUUCUGUUUUCUGGGAAUUGUUUCUCCUCAGAGAGGUAUCAACAUCAGCAUCCUCCUUCAUUCUGUCACAUUGAGGCUCUGGCUGUGCCAAUCUUGCCUCACAAGCAGCAGAAGAAAGUGACUAGCAGAGCAGUUCUUGCAUCUAGCAUGGUUGGUGGGAUUGUUGGGGGAAUGGUUCUUCUAGGUUUGGUUUUUCUUGUGGUGAGAAGGGAACGGAGAAAGAGGAAAUCAGAUAAAGUGCCUCACACUAGACUAAUAAUGGAGAAAGUAUCGCCUGCCUCUACGCUUAAGGUGCUCAAGGACGCAAGUAAUAUAUCUGAAACUAGAAAGUUGGGACCUGUUGGACUUCCACCUUAUAGGACUUUUGUUCUGGAUGAGCUUAGAGAGGCUACCAAUGAUUUUAGUACCUCAAAUCUUAUUGUUGAGAAUUCUAAUGGACAGGUUUACAGAGGAUGGCUCACAGAUGGUACUCUUGUGGCUAUAAGAUGCGUGAAAAUGAAAAAGAAACAUAGCGUUCAUACCUAUACUCACCAUCUUGAGCUGAUCGCCAAACUUCGGCAUAUCCAUCUAGUCAGUGCUAUCGGCCAUUGCUUUGACUGCUACCAAGAUGAUUCAAGUGUCAAUAAAAUACUUAUUGUAUUUGAACAUGUAGCUAAUGGAUCUCUUAGAAGUUUAAUAUCAGAGGGAAAUGUGGCCCAAAAGUUAACAUGGAAACAGAGGUUGGCAGCUGCAAUUGGGAUUGGUAGGGGCAUCCAAUUUCUUCACACAGGCCUAGUGCCUGGUAUAUAUGCAAAUCAGCUGAAAAUAACUGAUAUUUUAAUGGAUCAUGAUUACCAUGUGAAGAUUAGUAAAUACAAUCUGCCCUUGCUAGAUGAAACCCGGAAACUGGAUAAUGGUGCCAUUUCUUUCACUGGAUCAAAGGAGAAAGAUGGCUCUGCGUUGAGAUUAAACGAGAAAGAUGAUAUACAUGAUUUUGGAGUUAUAUUGCUUGAAAUGAUGGUGGGAAGAGCGAUAAAUUCAGUAGAUGAUGUCAGUGUUUCCUUUGACAUUCUAAAAGUAAACUUGAAUGCUGAAGAACCUGCUCAGAGAAGCAGUGUCGAUCCAGCAAUCCACAAUGAAUGUUCGGAUCCAUCAUUGAAGAUCAUGAUGGAGCUUUGUGUAAAGUGUCUGUCGAGUGUACCAUCAGACCGCCCUUCUAUUGAAGAUGUACUCUGGAAUUUGCAGUUUGCAGCCCAAGUUCAGGAUUCCUGGGUGCGGGAUAGCAGCAGCAGCAGCAACCAAGGGUCACCAAUUCACUUGACUUGAAAUUGAGUUGUCUGAUUAGGAUCUUUUGGCACACAAUACGCUUCAGUGUCCUAUGUAAAUUUGAGUAGUAUUGUUGCUGCUACAGUAGUGAACAAAAUGGGAGCCAAAAACUCACAAUUGGCAUGCAUUUAGUACUCUAGAUACUGUAAUCUAAUAAUCUCUAAUGGAGUCAAGGUAACUGAUUCUGUAAUCUUCCUUCCUUUUUUUCCCCUUAACCUCAUUGAUAAAUAAUUCGGCUUAAAUUCCAAAGCAAAGCACAAUACAAAUC